CUUGUGUAUAUAAGGAGACCUACCGAGAUCUGGUCUCACCAGGAGCAGCACGCACAGAGAGAGGAGGUCACUGACAGUCACUGAGAGCCCCUUCAGCAUCAUGGAGAAAGAUCGCAUCCUGGGUAGCGACAUCUCUUCGUCGUCCAGGUUCAGCCGCAAGUUCAUCAUCAUCUCCGCGACGCUGCUGCUGCUGAUCGUGGUGGUGGUGACGGCCGUGCUCCUGGGAGUCUUCAUUGGGGGCAAGAACGCAACAGAGCUCUAUAAGGUGAUCACGAAGGACAAAGAUGGGAAUCCCGAGGAGCAGACGGUGCAGGUGAACCCCCAAGAGAACAUCGCCACCUUCUACAUCCAGAACGGCAACGUCUCCUCCACCACGCUGCUCGACUACGGCAAGAACCUCGUGGUGAUGAGAACGAACGACCCGGGCGAGUGCUACGUGCGGAAACUUGGCGCCGAAGAUAUCCCGUCGCUCUCUAAGCUGAGAGACAGCCUCAAGAACCUCAACGGUCAGACGGUUCAGGAGAAGGACAACCCGGAGGCCUCCUCCUUCGUUCCGGGUCCAGAAAUCUUCGACCGAUCCCUGUUCGGCCGCAGCUCCGGCCUCCUCUGCCAGGACGUCAGAACAUUCUGGCUCGUCAAGGGCAACCCGACCACACGUGGGUGGUGGAGCAAAAUCAGGGACACCGCUAUCAAGGUGGUCAGCAUCAUCAACUGCAUCAGCAUCAUAUUUGGUUAACGAUGGACUCGGAGAGAAGGUGCUCUAACCAGGCCUGGCAAUGCCCCAACCACUCAGAUGCCAAUGUUCUAAUAAUCCUACCAACCAUAAGCCAAUAUCCAGUGACCCUACCAACCAGAGACCAAUUUCCAAUGACCUGACCACUCGGAAAUAAUUUUCCAAUCACCCGACCACCCCAGAAACAAAUGACCAAUGACUCAUCCAUCCUGUGUAAAUGGAAGGUUGACUCCAGAUUGAGGAGGCUAAAAACUGCAUGUUGGGAUGGAAAUUUUAAGUCUCAGGUGAUGAGGCAUGCAGGUGGAUUCACUUAAUGGCUGAAAAGGAAUGGGUAGCAGUGGCUUCAUCAUCAGUGCUAAAAAUCCAUGGAAUAACACAUAGGUCCAUAGACCCACAGAGAGACCCAUUUACUUACAAAAACCCAUAUACUUACACAGAGAUCCAUAGACCCACAGAGAGACCCAAUGAGAACCCUGAAUGCACUGCGAAUGGCUUCAUCGUUAGCGCUGUCUCUACCACAUGGGUGCACGCAUUAUCAUCGUCACCAUUGCACUUUUCCUUCACACUCCAGUCAUCAAUCCAUCUAUCUGCACAUGUUACGUGAUACGUGAAAUCCGAGGUUGAAAUAUAUUGCAUCCUCGAACCAUAUCAGUGGUGUAGUAACUUACAUUAUUAGUGGCGUAGUAACUUACAUUAUCAGUGGUGUAGUAACUACAUUAUCAGUGGCGUAGUAACUACAUUAUCAGUGGCGUAGUAACUACAUUUUCAAUGGCGUAGUAACUACAUUAUCAGUGGCGUAGUAACAACAUUAUCAGUGGCGUAGUAACGACAUUAUCAGUGGCGUAGUAACUACACUAUCAGUGGCGUAGUAACUACAUUAUCAGUGGCGUAGUAACUACAUUAUCAGUGGCGUAGUAACGACAUUAUCAGUGGCGUAGUAACUACAUUAUCAGUGGCGUAGUAACUAUAUUAUCAGUGGCGUAGUAACUACAUUAUCAGUGGCGUAGUAACUACAUUAUCAGUGGCGUAGUAACUACAUUAUCAGUGGCGUAGUAACUACAUUAUCAGUGGCGUAGUAACUACAUUAUCAGUGGCGUAGUAACGACAUUAUCAGUGGCGUAGUAACUACAUUAUCAGUGGCGUAGUAACGACAUUAUCAGUGGCGUAGUAACUACAUUAUCAGUGGCGUAGUAACUACAUUAUCAGUGGCGUAGUAACGACAUUAUCAGUGGCGUAGUAACUACAUUAUCAGUGGCGUAGUAACUACAUUAUCAGUGGCGUAGUAACGACAUCAUCCACUCAGGGGGAUGCAACAAUUGGUCAGGUGGGGACCUCCAAUAUUGGACGUGUCUCACAUGGCUGUUCUAUUUGGCGGCUCCUCUUGCCCUGACCACAUCGUCGUUACGCUCGCGGUUUCGAACAUUUAACGCUGUAGAGGGGCGCUCUGUCUUCGCAAGAAAUGCAGCCAUUACAGCUCCGUGUUACGUUACUGCUCUAAUAACAUUCAAAUCAAACGUGGGACGUAAUAUAAAAUCACUUUUCAUUAAAAAAAAAGAAUACAUUUAAACCGCGUUUUUGUUCCUUUACACUGUUGUUGAAAACAUAUCUCACGGCGGUUGUCAAGGGAGGCCCCAACUCGUAGCUUUGGCCUAGCACAUCUUGUUCCUGAUCCUGCCGAUUCCUCUGCCCACCCCGUCCACCACUGCGGUGGUCUCGCCAUGUGCCCGCAUCACGAGCUCGAGCGAGCGUGAGGAUAAGAUAAACUUUUAAAACUGACGCUUCUCGAACCGCAACAGCAUUUUCUGAAACUGCACCAGCACUGCCCCAGCCAAAUCAGGACGAACUGUGUUGUAAAUAUUUGGGGUAUUGUAAAUGUUGUGGGUUUACUCUGAAACACACCGGUGUGUUGAACUAGUAACGCAUUGGCGUGCUUUGUUUACGUGGCAAACCUUACCUAUUGACUGUGUCGGGUGGUGGCGGGUUUAAUGACACAUUUAUAUUUACGCGAUCUAAACAAACAAAAAAACUCUUAUUGACAGGACGAUUGAUUGGUAGCUCUUACUCAACGCGAUGCUAAGGAAUGAAACUGUCUGAUUUUUGGGCCAAUGGAUUAUAAGGACAUUGAGCAAUAGUAUGCCAGGCUAGCUAAUGAACGGGAUCGUUUUCCGUGUAUUUCCAAUGCUUAUGUUUGUUUUUACAUAUACAGAGGGCGUUUUUUUUAUCCUCACAGACUUUCUAUAUUGUUUUCCAAAUAUUAUAGGGUGGUUUGUUUUUCCAUUGCAGGAAUGCAUUGUCUGAAAACACAAGUGCACGUUAUAUAUGUACUCAAUUUAAUGACUCCGUAUUUUAAUAAAGAUAUUCCAUAGAGUGAUUGCAACUUUCAA